CGCCACCAUGGAGACGUUGUACCGAGUCCCGUUCUUAGUACUCGAAUGCCCAAACCUGAAGCUGAAGAAGCCGCCCUGGGUGCAUAUGCCGUCGGCCAUGACGGUGUAUGCUCUGGUGGUGGUAUCUUACUUCCUCAUCACUGGAGGAAUAAUUUAUGAUGUUAUUGUGGAACCUCCAAGUGUUGGCUCUAUGACAGAUGAGCAUGGACAUCAGAGGCCAGUAGCUUUCUUGGCCUACAGAGUAAAUGGACAGUAUAUUAUGGAAGGACUUGCAUCUAGCUUCCUGUUUACAAUGGGAGGUUUAGGUUUCAUAAUCUUAGACCGAUCCAAUACACCAAAUAUUCCAAAGCUCAACAGAUUUCUUCUGCUGUUCAUUGGAUUUGUUUGUGUCCUACUGAGUUUUUUUAUGGCCAGAGUAUUCAUGAGAAUGAAACUGCCGGGCUAUCUGAUGGGUUAG